UUCACCAACGAAAAAGAAAAGCGAAGAAACCAACGUAUUUCUACACUAUCGAAGGCAUAGAAAAAUGAAUCCAAAACCCACGACUUCAAUUAGGGCUUUGGGGCAGCGCUCCAUCGCUUCGUCGUUCCCAGCUCGCUCUUCUGGUUUGUACUCUGGUUCUACUGAUUUUAAAGAAGACAAUCGGGACGAAGCUUCAAAGAAGAGCCGCCGCACGUCGCUCGCGGACUUCCUCGACAGGAAGCUGCACACUACUUCUGUGCUGCCCAGAACUGUUCAGGGGAAAUCAAGACCUUUCUCGUCGCCGCUGGGCCAGAGAAAAUCUAGUGGCUCCAUCGAUGGCCCUUUUGGGGCAAAGAAAGAUGGGGAAGCAAAGUCAAACUGCGUCAUCGACAAAGGGUUAUAUGAACAGUUCAAGCAUAAUGGUGAAGAUAAAGGAGAUCGUGAAGGUUCCUGUAGUGACGUGGGAUGUUGUAAGAUAGAUGAGGUGCCAGAAUCAAGAAAAAGGAGGAAUCCAUUUCAAGGUGGGCAUGAGAAACAUACUGCUCGAAAGCAUUUAUUAGCUCUUGGAGAUGAUCCAGAACCAAAGCGAAAAGCAGAGGAAGAGAGGUUUAUUAGCAAGAAGAAAUCAAGACCUCUUUACAAUCACUAUGCAAAUGGUCGUGGCUGGUGGGACUACAACAUGGAAGGUGUUGAUAACGAAGAAGUAGGCUUCAAUGAAGUAUGGGAAGGGGUGGGCUCUACUACAUUAGGAGGAAUAGAAUGGCAUUGACUUUGUUAUGUGUGAAAAGUCAUGCAAAUGCUAUGUCAACAUUGUUAGACAUACGGCUAAAAGAAAAAGAAAAAAAAAAAUAUCCUUGUGUCGUUCUUCUUUUCUUUUAUUUUUUCUUGGACUAUAGUAACUAA